AUGGCGCCCAAGAAGAAGGGCGGCAAGAAACAGGCCGACGAUUGGGAGAAUGAGCUCGGUGAGACUGUCGACCCGAUAGCCCAGGCCACCGAAGAUGCAAAGAAGGCAGAGACAGAGAAUGACGCUGCAGAAGAGAUGAACGGUGAUGGUGGUGGUGGUGGUGGUGGAUUGCUGGCGGCUCUACGCAAGAACAAGGACAGACGUGCUAAGAAGGGCAAACCCGUUGUCAAUGAUUUUGUUGAAGGCGAAGAUGCGGAUGGUGUUGCCCCGCCCCAGCCUGAGAACGACCUGGACGCCAAAGCGCCCACUGAAGCAACAUUUGACGACGACGACGAUGUCUUUGCAGGCAAUGCAAACAAAAAGGGCAAAGGGGGCAAGAAGCCACAAGACAAGGACGAGUCAUCUGCUCCCGUGGACGACGGCGAAGACGCUGGCGAGGGUGGAGUAAAGUCUAAGAAGGAGAAAGAACGCGAGAAGAAGGAACGUGAGAAGCAGAGAAAGAAAGAACAGGCUGCGAAGAAAAAGGCUGUCGCCCCGGCACCAGGUCCCAAGGCUGAGGAAGCUAAGCCUGCUGUGGCCGAAAAGGUCGAAGCACCUGUUGUCGCACCAGAGAAAGAGGACAAGUCUGGCAAGAAAAAGAAGAUUCCGGCACAUCUGGCUGCCAUCCAAAAGCAGCAAGAGGCUCUUGCUAGACAACGAGAAGAGCAGGCCAGAAUAGAAGCCGCCGAAAGGGCCGCCGAAGAAGAGCGCUUACGAAAGGAGGCUGAAGAGGAGAAGAAGAAAGCCGAGGCAAGACAACGAAAGAAGGAGAAGGAGAAGGAGAAGAAAGAGCAGCUAAAGAAGGAAGGCAAACUCCUCUCGGAGGCUGACAGGAAGAGGAAGCAGCAACAAGAUCUUCGCCUCAAGCAACUGCUCGAAUCUGGAGUCAAGGUCGCAGGUUUGACUGAAGGUGUCGAAGAAAAGAAGAAACCUGCGGUCGAUAAAAAACGGAGAGGCCCAAAGAAGGAAGAGAUCGACCUCGAAGCUGCUGCUGAGAGAGCGAGACAAGAGGCCGAGGCGGCCGAAGCAGAACGCCAGCGACUGGCCAAGGAAGCCGAAGAAGCCGCCGCCGCUGCAGCUGCAGCAGAAGCCGAGGCUGCGAAGCAGGAAGAGUCAUCGGAGCUUGAUGACUGGGAGAAGGCUGCUGAUGAAGACGUUAAGGAUAGUUGGGAUGCCGAAUCGAGUGACGAAGAAAAAGCGGCCGGCGUGCCCAAAGCAGCUGCCAAUGGAAGCGCUUCGAAGACGCCCACAACCGGCACGAAUGGGGCAGUGUCCAAGUCCGCGAGCCGAGAUUCGGGACCUCCGCCAAAGGAGAGGCCCAUCGAAUCCGACACAGAUUCAGAAGACUCAUCCUCAGAAGAGGAAGGCACUGCCACCCAGCGAGCGCUCGCCAAGAAGAAAGCAGAAGCCGCCGCCAGGAGAGCAAAAGCUCACGAGGAAGCCCUUGCUGCUCGGUCUAAAGAUAACCUUCGCUCACCUAUCUGUUGUAUUUUGGGUCACGUCGAUACGGGUAAGACAAAGCUCCUGGAUAAAAUUCGACAGACAAAUGUGCAGGAAGGUGAAGCAGGUGGUAUCACUCAGCAGAUCGGUGCGACCUACUUCCCUGUGGAUGCCCUGAAACAGAAGACGGCUGUUGUCAACAAAGAUGGCAAAUUCGAGUUCAAAGUGCCUGGCUUGUUGGUCAUCGAUACUCCUGGCCACGAGUCUUUCUCCAACCUUCGAUCCCGCGGUUCCUCGCUCUGCAACAUUGCCAUUUUGGUCGUCGAUAUUAUGCACGGUUUGGAGCCGCAGACUUUGGAGUCGAUGAGACUGCUUCGCGACCGCAAGACCCCGUUUAUCGUGGCCCUCAACAAGAUUGACCGUCUCUAUGGCUGGAAGAAAAUCGACAACAAUGGCUUCCAGGACAGUCUCGCUUUCCAGUCCAAGGGAGUGGUAGCCGAAUUUGAGAGUCGACUUGCCGAAACCAAGCUCGCCUUUGCCAAGGAAGGAUUCAACUCCGAGCUCUUUUACGAGAACAAGGACAUGCGCCGAUACGUAUCACUGGUGCCCACUUCGGCGCAUACAGGCGAAGGCAUUCCAGAUCUGCUCAAGCUCUUGGUGUCGCUGACUCAGGAACGGAUGACGUCCAGCCUGAUGUAUUUGUCUGAGGUAGAAUGCACGGUGCUUGAAGUUAAAGUUAUCGAAGGCCUCGGGACGACCAUUGAUGUGGUCCUGUCGAACGGCGUGCUUCGAGAAGGAGAUCGGAUUGUGCUGUGUGGCACCGACGGCCCGAUUGCCACGAAUAUCCGAGCGCUUCUCACGCCUGCCCCGCUCAAGGAGUUGCGCCUCAAGUCGCAAUAUGUACACAACAAAGAGUGCAAGGCCGCCCUUGGUGUCAAGAUCGCCGCCAACGACCUGGAAAAAGCCAUUGCAGGUUCCCGCUUGCUCGUGGUCGGACCUGAGGACGAUGAGGAAGACCUGAUGGACGACGUCAUGGCGGAUCUGCAAAGUCUUCUCAGCAAGAUAUCCAAAGACAACCGAGGUGUCAGCGUCCAAGCCUCCACUCUGGGCUCUUUGGAGGCGUUGUUGGAAUUCCUCAAGCAAAGCAAGAUUCCCGUCGCCAAUAUUGCCAUUGGGCCGGUGUACAAGCGAGACGUCAUGAUGGCGGGCACCAUGCUGGAGAAGGCGAAAGAAUACGCGGUGAUGCUCUGCUUCGAUGUAAAAGUCGACAAAGAGGCACAGCAAUACGCGGACGAAAACGGCAUCAAGAUCUUUACCGCGGACAUCAUCUACCACCUGUUCGACGCCUUUACCCAACACAUGGAGGCGUUGCGGGAAAAGAAGAAGGAAGAGAGCAAGUUGCACGCUGUCUUCCCGUGCGUGCUCAGCCCUAUCCAGGUCUUCAACAAAAAAGAUCCGAUCGUGGUGGGGGUGGACGUGGUUGAGGGCAGCCUGCGGCCGUUGACACCAAUUGCGGUGGUCAAGACGAAUCCGGUCACGGGUGUGAAGGAAAUCAUUACUUUGGGCAGAGUGGCAUCGAUCGAGCGCGAACACAAGACCAUCCCAAUAUGCAAAAAGGGGCAGCCAUCAGUGGCCGUCAAGAUUGAAGGACCCAAUCAGCCCAUGUACGGACGACAGCUGGAAGACAAGGAUACGCUUUACUCCCUGAUCUCUCGCCGGUCGAUCGAUACGCUGAAGGAGUUUUACCGAGACGAGGUGACACGGGAUGAAUGGGCGUUGCUGAAGAAGCUCAAGCCCGUUUUCGACAUUCCUUAG